AUGGACCUGGAGAAUCAGCAAAUACUUGUUCCUCCUACCUCACUCUCCAGGCUCUCCAGACUCACCUCCUCCUCCUCUGCCUUAAACCUCAACAUUCACAACUUUGAUGAUCAUGGCGAUGACCAUGGACAUUCAUCUCAAGCUGGCAGCAGCCCAGAAGAAGGAUGCCCCUACCCAAGGCCAUUUUUCAUUCUUGAUUUGGCAUGGAACUUGGGCUUUGUUUUUGUUGCUGGGGUGGUUCUCUUGACCACCAUUACUGAGAAGCCUUCUACCCCUUUGAGGAUUUGGAUUGCUGGAUAUGCUCUUCAAUGCUUCUUUCAUGCCCUCUUUUUGUGGUUUGACCAUCAAAGACCUCCUUUUUACCAUUCUCCAUUCUCUCUUCUGUGUCACCGCAGUUUCAUCAAGAGGCUAGAGUCAGUUAACACAGUGAUUUCAUCUGUUUGGUGGGUUUUUGGAUUCUAUUGGAUUUACAUGGGUGGACAUGCGCUCUGGCAAGAUUCGCCCCGUCUUUACUGGUUAUCUGUGGUUUUUCUGGCUUUCGAUGUGUUCUUCAUGAUAUUUUGUAUAGCAAUGGCGUGUGUCGUCUUUGUCUUCCUUGUAUGUUGCUUUCCGGUAUUAGCAAGGGUUGCAUAUGCGAUGAACAUUGGCGAUGGAGCUUCUGAUGACGAUAUAAGGACACUUCCCAAGUACAAAUAUUGCCGACCUAAAGUUUCCGGGGCUUUUCGUGAUUGUAAUAAAAAGCAGGAUGACUCGGGUAGCAACAACUACGACGUACCUGAGCUUGUUCUUGGUGUAGAGGAUUCUGUAAGCCUCUAAUUACUUAAAUUAUUUUUCAUUUUCUCAGGUUAUGUCAUUCAAAACUUCUAUUUUGCUUCUUUGGAUCCCACUCUAGAAUGAGCAAACAUAAAAAAGGAUCCGGAACAUUAAAAUUCUUCCUUCUUAGAAGUAACCGGUUAAUUUGAAACAGUUAGUUUUUGGACCUCUUUUGGCUGUGUUAGCAUGUAUAUGUGUGAACGAGUGCAAGUAGAAGAAAAGUGUGCACAUUUAUAUACUGGCAACAUUGAGUUUAGGUAAAGUGGGUUAUCAUAUGAUAUUCAUUUCUCAUUUCAACAGGUUGCAUUGAGGUAUAUAACUCAAACCCAUGCAAGUCAUUGUUAUCAAUGUAGUAAAGACUGUUGUCUGGUUUCUUAUUGUCCCCAGUGCGUGCCCUAUAGAUUUUUCUUUUCUUCCCUGGUGUUUUUUUUUCCCUUACCUGGUUCUACGUUCAAGCUUUGUAUUUUCCUGACCUGACAUAAAUUUCACAAUUAUGGGUUUCAGGAGUGCUGUAUCUGCCUGCAUACCUAUGAAGAUGGAG